AGAGAAAGAGGCAGGCAGGCUGCCGCUAUCAGGGAAUACUGGUGCCAUUUUCAGCAUCGCAGGGUAAAAGGAUUGAGCCUCGCUGCUGUCCGCUCGGCUCGGCUCGGCUCAGCUCGCCUCGGCUCAGAACAGCUGAACAAGAGGGUGGAUUGGAGGGACAACAAAAGGAGGAGAGCACGGCUGACCCCUAACACAGAACCCCCUAACCCCCCUUCCCCCUUUCCCGUCUCACCUCACCUCCCCCUCCCAGCUCUGGCUACAGACGGAGACAGUUAUGCAGUCCUUCCGUGAGCGCAGCGGUGGUUACCACAGCAACCAACCCUGCUACCAGCAGGAGCCCCAUGAAUUAUCCCGCCUGGAGACCUACCGGCAACACCCGCAUCAUCCCCAUCCCCAGCACCCACACCCAGGCCCCGGCCCACAUCCAGGCCCAGGCCCAGGGCACACCAGGUCAGGCUAUGAGGCUCAUUCACUGGCGAACCCCACAAGCAUGCCUCCCGCUGGAGGACCAGGAACUGGAGGACCCAAGGACUGUUACAGCCAGCAAGCCUAUCCUGGUUACCCAGGCAAUGGUGGAGGGAAUGGGAGUGGAAAUGGGGGCACGGCAUCCUCGCAGGCAAAGAAAUCCUACAGAGGAAGCAAAGUGCCCCCACCAAACCCUGGUCAGCACCUACAGGGUCCUGGGGCCUAUAGUAACCACAUGGGCCCUGGCAGUUACUCAGCCCAGUAUAUGAGCGAGGGCCACCUCCAGCAGAAAUGGGAGGACUCAGCCCAGUUAGCACAGUAUGACCAGGAGAUGGUGGGGCGUAUGGAGGCUGGAAGUACCCCUGCACCUGGCUCUUCCCAGUACAUGGACCAGAACAUGCUGGGCCACUCCCAGACCCAGUGCCACCAGCCCUCAACCCCUGCCUAUAACAGCCCCCACCACCAAGCCCAUCCUCCCAACCCUGCCCCCUCCCCUCUCAUGUACCCCCAGAGUCACCUGCACUACCCCCAGCACUCACCCUCUCCUUCACCGUACAUGGAAAAGUGCAGCCCUAUGCCCCACUGUUAUAAAGGUUACAACAUACCCCCCAAUUCCCAGUAUGGCAGACAAAUGAGCAGCCACAGCAAUCUGAAGCAGGGAGGUUACAGGUCAACCCAGAACAGUUACGGCUACCAGCAGCCUCCCUCCAGAGGUUAUGAGCAGCAGCCGCCUUUACAGGCUAUGACCAACCCCCAGGAGCCCCACCCUAAAUAUCAACACUACAGCCAACCCCAACAAAAUUACUGUCUCUCAGAGCUGUCCGUCAGAUCACCAGAACAGUAUUAUCAGACUUGUAGCCCCUCCUCAAGCCAUUCCCCUGCACGCUCUGUAGGACGCUCCCCCUCAUACAGCUCCACCCCGUCACCACUAAUGACUAAUCCAGAGUCAUUCCAGUAUGGUCAACCACCCAUGACCCCUGGGGCAGCCUCCUCCUCUUCAUCCUCUUCAGCUGGUAUGCAGGAGCAAGCCAGUACCAACACAAUGUUGAUGCCCCCACGCUCACACCCCUCACCCAAUGUGUCCCAUGCAGCACCACACAGCUACACUACCACACCGCAGGUCCCCACCAUGAAAGAGCGUUUCUCAGAGAAGCUGUUGUCAAACCCCAGCUUGUGGAGCCUGAAUGCCCUCACCUCUCAGGUAGAGAACAUCUCUAAUAAUGUCCAGCAGCUGCUGCUGUCAGAGGCCCUGGUGGCCAACAAGAAAGGCGGUAAGCGCAGCAGUGGAGGGAGCAACAGCAGUGCAGGAAGUGGAGCAUCGACCAAAAAGGGUGAGGAGUACAAAAGUCCUCCAUAUCCAGAUGGUGGUGGUGGUAGUGUUGGUGGAGGCCCCAUGCAAGAUCCUUACUCUACACCACAGCACCAGCCAAUGCCCAUGGAACUCCACGAAGGAGGUUACUCCAGCAGUAGUGAUGAACAACUAGAAAGGGGAUACUACUAUUGUGGCCAGGGCAGAAGUCCAGCACAGGCCCCCAAUAACACACAACUCAGCCUGGACACAGCCUCCUCAUGCUCCAUGACAUCUCCAGAUGAUAUGUCCACAAGAUCUGGGGACUCAGGUCUGCACAACCUUACCCCUGACCCUACUAGAUGUCAGUCAGGGCAGGGAGGAGAUGGCAUGAGUACUCCAGUGAAGAGCAUUGGUGAUGAGAGGUCUCCUACAAGCAUCACAAUCCCUAGUCCUAUGAAACAAGAAAGGGACUCCCCUUCAGAUAUACAACAUAUAAAUGAACCUGUGAAAGAGAACUUUGAAGAAUCAGCCUGGACAGAGAAAUCAGCUGAGAAAGAAGAGGUGCCCACAGAUAAAACUCCUGACCUUGAGAGAGAUUCAGACACAGCUAAAUCUACAGAAAAUCUGGAGAAAUGGUCAGAUGAAGAGAAAUGCCCAGCUCUCUAUAGCAAAGUAAACAAAGAGGUGACAGAAAAAAGCUAUUGCUAUAAGGAGGCAGUGUACCAAGAGGUCCAGAGCAAAUAUGAUCCCGAUGCAAGAGACUCAGUUGAACAGUCCCCCGCAGCUCUCUCUGACUCUAGCCACAAGGAACACUUUGGCCAAGAGAUGAAAUCAGAGGCAUUUAAAUCUGAGUCUCCAACUGCAUCUGAGAGCUCAGUGAAAACAUUGCCUUUCAUUUCUAGGGGUGACCUUGAACAGGAUCAAUAUUCAACAGAGAAGGAGGACAGCUCAGAGAACACCUCUCCACCCCCCCAAGUUGAGACCUUGGACGAGAGCAACUCAGACAAGAGGGAGAGCAGAGACGAGGAGGACGAAGAGGAGGGGGAGGAGGAGGGGGACGGACAGGAGGAGGCAGAUGAAGAGGUAGAGAAAGAAAUACAGAAACAGCAACAACAACAUGCUCUUUCCCCUCCUCUGUCUGCAGAGGUUCAGGAGGAACUGGAGGAGGGGGAGAACGUGACAUCGACUGAGGAGCACAUGAAUAACAGAGAUGGGCCAGAGAAGCCUCCAGGAGAUCUCUGCAGCAGGACAGAGAGUCAGAGUACUGAGCUACAUACUGACAAUGAGCCUGCAGGGGCGCCUGCUCAUCCAAAUGCAGCAGCAGCAACAGCAGCAGCAGAUGCUUCCGCAAGGGAGUCAGCCAUCGGUGACACUGCUCCUCAGCCUCAGUCUGCUAUGCCAGUGUUCUCAGCUCUCAAUGACAAGACAACACCUCCAGCUCAGUCCAGGGAUCAUAUUGAUCACAGUGAUGCUAAAGUGCUGGAGCCAGACUCUCCUCAGUUGCCAGGGAAGUCGAUACUUCCCUCAGCCCCCUCCUGGGCAGACACUCCACCGUCCCCCAAAAAAGGUGAUGAGGACAUGGAGCCGGGCAUCAGCUGUGCCAGUGCUGUGACCCCCUUGGCCAAGCCAGAACCUGUGGCCCCAUCUGCUCAGCCAAGGGCAUUUGGGCGUAAGCAUGCCAGGGGCAGAAGAAGAAUCAUGCAUUCAGGUGUGGGAAUCAGGCGACAGCUAAGCUUGGAGAGGGAGGGGGAAAAGGAAGAGGAAGGAGCCCCCUCGCCUACACAGAAACCCUGCAUGCCUCCGAGCAAAACUGUGCUAUUCUCGGAUCAAAUGGAACUAGCUCAUCAGGAAUCCAUUGUAAGCCAGACUCCCAAAAUGCUAACUGAUGGUUUUCGUUCGAGAAUGUGCACUCGCUCAUUUAAUGCACCAGACUUGCCACCCAAAGUUGAGCCUCAUGUGAAGAGAAAACCAGGCCCAAAACCAGGUUCAAAGCCUGGUCUCAAACCAGGGCCAAAACCUGGACCAAAACCAGGCCCAAAACCUGGAGCAAAGUCAGGUCCAAAACCAGGACCUAAACCUGGCCUAAAGCCUGGACCAAAGCCCGGGCCAAAACCUGGAUCUAAACCAGGACCAAAACCAGGACCAAAACCUGUGCCAAAUGAACUAGAGCUGCCACCGAAAGUUGAGACUCACGUGAAACGAAAACCAGGACCCAAACCAGGCUCAAAGCCUGGGCCAAAACCUGGGCCAAAACCUGGAUCAAAACCUGGUCUAAAACCUGGUCCAAAACCAGCUCUUAAACCAGGUCCAAAACCAGGACCUAAACCUGGACCUAAGCCUGCAGAUGUUCCGCCCCCUGAAGACACUGCACCCAUUAAGGCCUCAGUGGGUCGCCCCAAAGGCUCAGUUUCUAAAGCAAAGCUGGUACAACAAGAAGAAACCAUUCAACCUCUGACAGGACUGCAAAGCAGGAGCAGGAAGAGCCCAAAGGCUACAAUAUCACAAGUAAACCAGGAUGUAAAACCAGCAAACCAGGAAGAAAAACAACCAAACCAAGAGGUUAAGGUACCAGAGAAAGAGAGUAAGAACAUGGUGUUGAGAUCCAGAAAGUCCUCACAAGAAAAGCUAUCAAAAGAAAAAGAAAAAAUCACAGUGGAAGAUAUUCUACCUGAAGCACUAACAGAAAUUAAAGCCAGUGAUGAUCCUCCAAAAGAAGAGGAGCCUGUUACUGUGGAACAAACACCAACUCCCAUUCCUAAUGCUGUCAAAAACACAGAUGUCCCAGCAGACCCACCCGCACCACCAGCCCCACCAGUCCCAACUGAACAAUCUGAGGAAAAGACAUCACUUCCAUUAAAACGGAAACCUAGCCCAGAGAUUUCUACAACACCAGUAAAGAAAAAGAGGGGUCCAAAACCCAAACCAAAAGCCUUACCACCUCAACCACCUCAGCUGGAACAGGUUGUCUCUACACCUAAAGAGAAAGCUGUCCGGGGCCCCAAAAGAAAGCGAGGGGCACCAAAGAAAGCCUCUGUGGUCACUCCCCCACCCAAAGACACUCCCCCUAACAUCAGUGAAACUGACGUCACUAGUGAUGUGCCCGUGGUGCCUCCUCAAUGUCCCACUAAAACAAAAGUCCUCCCACCACGCAAAGGCAGAGGACAGAAAUAUGAGGCCAUGGUGCAGAAAAUUACAUCUCCUAGCUCAAAGAAACACCUCCCAGUCCUCCAGAUAGACAGCAAUCUAACUGAUGAUGUGACAGCCAAGGCUUUGCCUCAACAUGUCCUAAAGGAAGGUGAGCCAUCUCUGCUCAUAAAUAGUACUGAGAUGGCGGAGGGAGAAGUGAAAAGCGUAGAGUCUAGACAGGACGGAGAGAAACAACAAGAAGGAGCCGUGAGAAAAAAGGAGAUGACACAGGAGAGAGAAAAGAAUGAGGUGAGUCAAGAGGCAUCAGCGCCAGAGGAGACGAGACAAGGGAUGGAAGAAGAGGUUGUAAAUAAGAAGGAGACAAGACAAGCAAACAUUAAACCAGGGACACAACAGGAUGUUGGAGCUGACAAGGUUUGGAGCCCAACAGAGGCCCCAGUAGAAGCUCCGGGAGAGGGGAUACAACAGGCCUCAGACGGUGUAUCCUCUGCUGCCACUAAGUCUGCCAGAACUAAAAGGAAGAGGUGGGCCAUGGUGGAGAGCACAGAUGCCUCAGUAGUAGCCUUGGAAGCAGGGAGCCUAAUAGUUACAACACCAAGGUUAGCCAAGCAGAGGGCCAUUAAAAACAACCACGAGAUGCACCUAAAACAGAGGAGAAAGAAGAGAAAAGGCCAAGCCCCUCUAGAAGAAACAGAGACAGUUGAGGAGACAAAUAUUGAAACAGCAGAACAACAAGAGAAGAGGGCAGAAGAGAAGGUAACCCCCACAGAGUCCACAGUACCCCUGCCAAUCAGCCCAGAUGAGAUCACAGAGGCCCCCCAGGUUACCAGCACAGAACUCAUUCAGAAACCUCGGAGAGGCCGAAAACCCUCUGCACAUCCAACUAAGAGGAAACGAGGCAAAGCCUCAUCAGAGCAGAUUCCUGGCAAGCCGAUGAAGGUCCACAAAAAACCUGGGCCAAAACCUGGGAUGAAGGACGCCAUGGAAGUUAUUGAGGCAGUAGUAAGGGCUGCAGGAUGCGAACGGGCGGAACAAGAGGAGAGAGAAAAAGAAGAAAUGGAAAGAAGGGAAAAAGAGAAGCAGGAAAAACCAGAGACAUGUAUCGUGGGUCCUGUAGUAACAGUAUCAGAAAAACAGACUGAGAUCAUUUCUGUGAAGAGAAUCAGGCGCAAACCAGUCCAUCAAAACUCAAAACUGUCUUUCUGUCCGUAUGUACGGAUUAACAACUCCAGAGACUUUUCCUCUUGGUGUGCCAUAGUCAACAAGCCUGAGGACGCGGUAAUAUUUCAGAGACGUAGAAAAAAAGGCAUACUCAGAAUGAGGAAUCCUUUUACAGUUGCAAAGGUAGUGCCGCACACUGUUGCCAUGCUACAGGGACCCUUGGUAAACAGAGUUCUAACUGACAGGUGUCUUGCAUGUUGCCUGUGCGGAAAGCCAGCAAAUUACAGAGACCUGGGUGAUUUGUGCGGACCUUACUACACAGAGGAUGGCGUUCCACGGAAAAUUUUGACGGUCCCGCAAACGGAAUCCCUCAGGGAAGAGUCACAGAAAACCAAUGACAACAAAAGUAGCAGCAGUGAAGAACCAAGCAACUCGUCAAAGAACGAGGGCGAGGGCAGCACAGAAAAGGAGGGCAACACAGAGGCAUCCACUCAAGAGGGCAGUAGUAGCAGGCACCAUCAUUGCCGCUACCGGCGGGCGGAAAGAACAGAGAGAAUAGGUCAGGAGGGCGGUCCACGAAGGUUAACUCUCCGAGAGAGGUUCAAGAGGAUGAAGCAGCUCCAGGCCAUCAGCUCAGGGGCCUCAAGUGACCAAGAGGGGGGUGACAGCAUGUUCCAAAGGCUACAGUGGGAGGCAGAGGCUAAGGAGCACUGGGCCCAUGAAAACUGUGCCAUCUGGACCAAGGGGGUAAUUAUGGUAGCUGGGAGGCUAUACGGACUGAGGGAAGCUGCCAACAACUCAGCCCAAACGAACUGCUACAAGUGCCAGAUUGUGGGGGCGUCCCUCAGCUGCUGUUGGAGAGGCUGCUCUCAUAAAUACCACUAUGUCUGCGCCAAAGAGAUAGGCUGCACAUUCCACGAGGAUGACUUCUCCAUCAAAUGUCCUAAACACGAGGACCUGUAAGAUAUUCCAGUUCAUCACCUCCACCACCAACACCACCUCUCAGCCAGGAAAGCAUCACCUAUAAAGCAAGGCAAACAAAGAUGCUGUCCAACAGCCACCUAUACCCUAAAAAAAACACGGUGAUGACUGAUGACGGACAGGCACAUCAGCCAGUGGGGCUGGGGGAGGGUAAAAGGCUGCGCUGAGCCGGAGCUAGGAGCAAUACAAACCCUGGAGGAUGGCGCCGCAGAGAAUAGCUGCUCCCUGAACCCGGCCUGGAAAUGUGUUUUCUCAACUGAGCCCCUCACUGGAAGGCAGAAGGCAGCGGCACUGUUUAACAGGAGGAUAGACUGCGCUUUAGAGACUGUGUGCCUAGAGCCCAGUGCACAGGGGGGCUGUUUGAAAUGCAGAGCGAGGAAUGUGUGUGUGUGUGUGUGUGUGUGUGUGUGUGUGUGUGUGUGUGUGUGUGUGUUCUGCCUUCGGAUGGGUUGCUAUCAUAUUCAGACACCUGGCGGACACUGAUUGGACAGGAACAUCCCUCUGGCCACCUUGUCUGUGGGCCAAGAGGUGCGCGUGCGUGAGUGUGUGUCUGUGCGCGCGUAUGUGUGAUAAUCACAUUGUCAUUCUACAGCCACAUCAUCAGUGUGUUUGUGUGUUAUUACGUGUCUGUGUGAGCGAAGAAGUUCAUCUCCAAUCCAAGAUGUCAUUGCAUCAGAAAAGCAGCAGCCAACCACUGGAUGUACUAUCUCAAUGUGCGUGUUUGUGUUUAAAAACAAGAGACAAAACGAAACAAAAAAGGAAACUGUACAUGAUGACGUGCUUUACAGGUUCUAAAUAUUCUGAUAUCGAAGAGUUAAGAAAAAAAACGGACGCAGUAUUUUACUAUAAUGCUCUUAUCUUCGGAGAUGUAUUUUGAUGUGCAUUAUGACUAUACGACAUCAUUGCGUCACCCUUGGUAUAUGUCAGGCUUUGUGUUAUUCAGAAAUUUAAAAAAAGGAAGAAAAAAAAAAUCAAUCUCACCUGUGUGCACAUUCAGUAUGUACAGUAGACGCCAUCAUCACUCGACAGGUUGCAGAUCAGGGCUCCAAGGGUCCAACCGGGAGUCAGGUCAUCUCACUUCAUAUCUAUGUACAGUUCAGAAGUAUUACUGUUCAACAUUGCCAUUAUGUAUGAUUAUUUCACCUCCCACAGCAGCGUGGAAAGAUAAACAUUCAGAUCUCAUAACACACCUGUCUGUGUAUCUCAAAUGUAGCCUCUUUCACUCUUCCAUGCUAUGUAACAGCGCCCUGCACGGGGUGUCGGUUUAAGUACUGGUCAUAUCAAAAGGAGACAUAUUUAAGUAUUAGAGCAUAAAAGAAAGUGCAAAAACUCCACACCAAACAUUCUCUUUUAUGAAGCUCAUUAUUUAAUGGUGUAUAUAAGUAUUUGAUGCUGUUUAAAUGUAAGAUGUGAUGUACUAAUAUAAUUGUGUAUAGUAUUUCCUAGAGAUGUUUAUUUUCUAUAAAAUGGAAUAUGUUAUUGCUUAUAAAAUGUUAUUAAAAGAAUCCAUUGAUGAAAAAAAAAAUAAGGACCUUUUUUGGGAAUGUCACUUGUCAUAAGUUGGAGCAUGCCGUUUUAUUGAUUUUCAUGUCUAUUUGUUUGGAAUCGAUGACACAGCAUCACUUUGUUUGAAAUGUUUUUUGUAACGCCAAUGUCAAAUAUACCAGCACCUUUCAAUGCUGCUAUGACCAACGCCUGCUCUUUUUGUCUUUACUGAACGCGCACUGACACACUGAAGACACAUCUGGAUUAGCAUAUCUUGUGUGCUAGCCGAGUAAAAGUAACCACGGUGAGUCAAAAAAGUGAAAUCUUACAUUAUCACAGUCAUUUUAACACAUCCCAUCAUUACAGCCAUAUUUCAAAGUGUCUCUUCUGAUAUUAAAGGUCCAGUGUGUGGGAUUUAGGGGGAUAUAUGUAAGUGUUUUCUUUAGCGUAUAAUCACCUGAAAAUAAGAAUCAUUGUGUUUACCUGCCUUAGAAUGAGCAGUUUAUAUUAAUGUAGGGAGUGGGUCCUCGUGUUAAGGAGAUUGCCAUGUUGUACGGCCAUGUUUCUACAGUAGCCCAGAGCAGUCAAACCAAACACUGGCUCUAGAUAGGGCCUUUCGCACCUCCAUGACCAGUUUGAAUUUGGAGAGGAAGAGACCUCUGUGGAUGAUUCAGCUCCUGGUAAAAACCUCUUGAACAUCUGGAUCUCAAGUUACUAGAGAAAAAAGGUGAGCACAAAUGCUCAGGAGCUGGGCUACAAAUGCUGAUUUGCAAUGUUGAACUGUUUUAUCCUGUGUCAACAAGUAAGAAUUCUAGUCAGAGGAAGUUUCGGCUGGUUGAAAUCUGCAAUCCUCUCCUAAAUGCUACUAAAUCCCGCCAAAUCUUACACACUGCACCUUUGAAAACAGAAAGCACGACAGUAAACACUGUAUUCUUCUUUACAAAAGGCUUUAAUAUUUACAUCAUAAAAGGAUGAAACCAAAGAACACGGAAGAGAUGAAAAGAUGUCAGUGAAAGAACACAUGAAUAAAACCUUUAGACAUGGCUGCGACUCAUUCAUCUCAAUCUAACGUCUUUCAGUCUUUCACAUUAGAGACGCACUAUAAAAAAAACAUACUGGUCCUGGGACAAACACACAUGCCAAAGUCUUUUUUCUUUUUUUACAGUCUUUAAAAAUCAAGAAAUGGUGGUUCUCUAGGAGCAUGAAACUACAAUAACUGAAAGAGCAUGCGUUGCUCUUCAUAAUGGAGCUACAAAGGAAAACCAGGAGAUUCUCUACAGGCC